CGCCCUACACCAUGUCCUGGCAGAGGAUGGCGAGACUCAGUAUGAAGGAGAGGGUACGUCGGGGUCCGACGUCGAAGAAGACCUGUAUCAUCUCUGCCUAAACGAUUAUAAAUCGAUAUAAGGAGUUAUUUAGCGGAGGACUCGGGCGGUUUAGUGGUGGAAAAGCGACACUCCGAGUGCGUGAAGGGGCUACGCCGGUGUUCUGCCGUGCGCGGCCGCUGCCGUACGCGCUCCGCGAUCGCGUCGAGGCGGAGCUGGACGAGAUGCUGCGCUGCGGCGUCAUCGAGCCGGUCGACACGUCGGAGUGGGCCACGCCGCUGGUACCGGUACGUAAAGCUGAUGGGAGUUUGCGAAUCUGUGCAGAUUACAAAGUGACCUUGAACCCCGCCUUGCUGAUUGAUAGGUAUCCGCUUCCUAAGAUAGAUGACCUUUUAGUGAGACUCAAUGGUGCCCGCGUAUUUUCAAAAAUUGACCUGACGCAGGCGUAUAAUCAGGUGGAGUUAGACGAUUCUAAAAAGUAUACCGUCGUCAACACGCAUAAGGGAUUAUUCAGAUAUAAUAGACUUGUUUACGGAUUGUCUUCCAGCCCUGGUAUAUUCCAGCGAAUUAUGUCCAACUUGUUGAAAGAUCUACCUCAAGUAGAAGUAUUUCUCGAUGAUAUAAUUAUUGGUUCCGCGGACAUAAAUUCUCAUUUGGGGACAUUAGAAAAAGUUUUGAAACGGCUUCACGGUCAUGGAUUGAAAUUAAAGAAAAGUAAAUGUUCUUUCUUAUUAGAAGAGGUACAGUAUCUGGGAUAUGUAAUUUCAAAAGACGGAAUUAAAGUAGAUUCCACCAAGAUAGAAGGUAUCCUUAAGAUACCUCGACCUCUCAAUGUGAAAGAUGUAAGGUCAUUUUUAGGGGUAGUUAAUUUUUAUGCUCGAUUUGUACCGCAUUUGAGUACGAUUCUAUCCCCUUUGUAUGACUUACUUAGGAAAGGUGCCGUAUGGAAUUGGAAUGAACGAUGCGAAAAAUCAUUUAAAAGUAUUAAAAAACUGUUAGUGAGCGCGGAGGUGUUAAGUCAUUACGAUCCCAACAAACAGCUGACGCUGACCACUGACGCGAGCAGCCGCGGAAUCUCCGGCGUGCUGACACAGCCCGGGGACAGCGCGGGCGCGGGCGCGGGCGGGGCGCGCGAACGACCAGUGGCUUACGUCUCGCGUUCUUUAAAUGAGGCGGAACGUAAUUACUCGCAAAUAGAUAAAGAGGCGUUAGCAAUCGUAUUCAGUUUACAGAAAUUACAUCAAUUCCUUUAUGGCAGACAUUUCACAUUACGAACGGAUCACAAACCGCUCGUUAGUAUUUUUGGUUCCAAGCAGGGUAUUCCCGCGAUGGUGGCUAGCCGAUUGCAGCGGUGGGCGAUUAAACUUUCCGCAUAUACUUAUGAUAUAGAGUACGUACGCACCGAUGCAAAUGGCGCAGAUGGCUUGUCGCGCUUGCCCGUGCCGAUCAAAAAUGCCGAGUCGCUAGACGGUCCGCCGCCCGAGCAAACGUAUUUACAUUUCGCCCACAACGAAUUGUUAUUAGAUUAUCACGAUGUUAAAAAAGAAACACAACGCGACCCGACUUUGAGCAGAGUGUUAGGAUAUAUACGGUCCAGUUGGCCGACGGAAGUUGAAAUGCGAAAUUUACAACCGUACUUUAACCGUAGGCUAGAACUGUACGAAGAGUUAGGAUGCGUAAUGUGGGGCCAUCGCGUGGUUAUACCGGAAGGUUGCCGAGAUAGGGUUUUAAGCGUGUUACAUGAGAGCCAUAUGGGAAUCGUAAAGACAAAAGCGUUUGCCCGGAGCUAUGUGUGGUGGCCGGGCAUAGACGAGGCGGUGGAGCGCACGUGUCGCGAGUGCGGCGUGUGCGCCGCCGAGGCGGAGGCGCCCGCGCGCCACGCGCCGUGCCCGUGGAGCUGGCCCUCGCGCCAGUGGACGCGGGUUCAUUUAGACUUUUUAGGACCUCUUUAUGGAGUAACGUAUUUGGUUAUGAUUGACGCUCGAACAAAGUGGCUCGAGGUAUUCCCGGUAAAUAGUACCUCGGCUAAUAACACCAUUGAAAAGUUGUGUGAAGUUAACGCUCGAUGGGGUUUCCCUAGACAAAUAGUUUCGGACAACGGCCCUCCGUUUACGAGUACACAGUUCGCGACCUUUUUAACAAAAAACCGUAUUGAACAUGUACACUCAGCUCCAUAUCACCCCGCGUCUAAUGGAGCCGCCGAAAAUGCGGUUCGAAUAAUUAAACGGGUUAUAAAGAAAGCCGUGCGACAAAAACACAAUGUUAAUUUAGCUAUCAGUAAUUUCUUAUUACAUUACCGAAAUACGCCACACUGCACAACAGGAGAAAGUCCAACUACGCUUAUGAUUGGCAGGCAGGUUCGUACCCAAUUAGAUGUACUGCGUCCAGAUUGUGAAGAUAGGGUUCGUAAACAAGCGGAGGAAACAAGCGGACAUACGAUUAAGCCCUAA